CCUAUCUAUUGUAUGAAAAAAUAAUUAAUUGAGAAAACAACAAAAAAAGGUAUAUAUAGGAGCAAAACUUAGAAAAUUCCAUGGUCUUCGUUCCCACUUUGACGCAUCAUAAGAGAAGAAAACCAAUAACAAACAUCUUUAGACCAGACAUAGAAAGAGAAGCAGAAACCAGUUUCUCUUUUUUCCUUCGAAUUUGCAAAGAGAAACAAAAAGAGUUAUGGGAGAAUUAAUAUACCUUACAUGGAAUGCUCAUCGACUAAAGGUGAUGGUGAUGAUGAUGUUGAUCGUUUCUUGGAGAUGUGUUUUGGGAUUGGAGAACAUAAAUCCUAUAUUCUUCGAUGAAGGUCUUUCUCAUUUAUUUGGUGAAUCUAAUCUCAUCCGAUCUCCUGAUGAUCGCAGCGUUCGAUUACUCCUCGACAAAUACACCGGGUCAGGAUUCAUAUCUUCAAGCAUGUAUCAACAUGGAUUUUUCAGUUCGUUGAUAAAGUUGCCGGGAGCUAACACGGCCGGUCUUGUUGUCGCCUUCUACACAUCAAACGGCGAUGUUUUUGUGAAGAACCACGACGAAUUAGACAUAGAGUUUUUAGGGAACGUUGAAGGGAAGCCGUGGCGGUUCCAGACGAAUAUGUAUGGAAACGGUAGCACAAACCGUGGCCGCGAAGAACGUUACCGUCUUUGGUUUGAUCCUUCUAAGGAGUUUCACCGUUAUAGCAUCCUUUGGAACCCUACCAAAAUAAUAUUUUGGGUAGACAAUGUGCCAAUAAGAGAAAUCAAAAGAAAAGCAGAAAUGAAAGGAGACUACCCACAAAAGCCAAUGUCUCUCUACGCAACCAUUUGGGACGCCUCAAGCUGGGCUACUUCUGGCGGUAAGUUCGGCGUGGACUACACAUUUUCACCUUUUGUCUCCGAGUUCAAAGACAUUGCUCUCGACGGUUGCAAUGUCUCCGAGUCACUGACCACCGACACCAGAGAUAACUACAACAACAUCAAUUGUUCUGCCUCCGACCAACUUCUCAUGACCAGCGAUUACUCAACCAUUAGUCCUAAACAAGGAGCUGCUAUGCGACGGUUCAGAGAACGUUACAUGUAUUAUUCGUAUUGUUACGACACCGUACGAUACGCUGUGCCUCCGCCUGAAUGUGUGAUUUUGACAGCUGAGAAGGACCGGUUUAAGGAUACGGGACGGUUGAAGUUCGGUGGUAGUCAUACUAAAGUGCAUAGAGUACGUAGAAGACGGAGGCGGAACCGGUCCACGCCGGUGGUAUCGGCUGAACUAUAGCAUUAAUUUUUUCUUUUUGACAUCGAACUAUAGCAGUAAUUAGUUGAAUUGAUUCCCGAGUAUGUAUAUAUAUUUUGUUAAAGAUUUCAACAUGCUUUCACGUUUAUAUUUUAAAAUAUUUCUCA